AUGGUCAUCUUUCUCAUUUCUGUAGUGUGCUUCUUUUCCUCCGCGCAAUCUAGAGUUGGCCAGACACAAGUGAGCCUCCCUCAGUAUUCUGGAUACGUCACUGUGGAUCCUAGCGCUGGACGCGCUCUUUUCUAUUGGUUCACCGAGGCUGACGAAUCAUCCACCCAGCCACUUAUGCUGUGGCUCAGUAGAGGACCAAAGCGUUCCUCGAUAGAAAAUGGCGCAAUGUCAGGGCUUGAGCCGGUGACCGAAGACAGCAAGACGGUGUGGUACAAUAAAAAGGCUCGGACUACCGUAUUGUGUUUUGUUGAGGCAAAUGUCCUGUUUUUGGAGACUACUGCUGGCAACACGACGUCGGACGAAGACUCAGACCCCCAAAGCGUAGAGGAUUCCUACACUUUCUUGAUGAUGUGGUUGGAGAGGUUCCCGGAAUACAAAAGCCGAGAUUUCUACAUCGCGGGAGAGGGCCACAGCAUCCACCACGUGCCGCAGCUUGCUCAGUUGAUCCUAAAAAACAACAACAUGGAAGAUGCAAGUGUCAUUAAUUUGAAAGGAAUUUCAUUUGCGAAUGCAUACGUUGAUAUUCCCUGCAUGAUGUCACCGACGCGUAGCAGGGAAGAAGGCAAUCUCUGCGGGUGCAUCGAUCGUCAAUCAUGUUCUCUACCUUCUUCACCUUUUCGGAAAUGGAAGUAA